UGAGACAGUAGAAUAAAAUGGGGACAGAAGGACAAGAUGGAGAAAGUAGGACAAGAUGGAGACAGUAGGGAAAGACACCAGUGUUGCCCAUCCUGCUGCCCUUCAGCUAUGGUUGAUCUGAAUCUCCCAGCACCCACAGACAGCCUAUGGCCCAGGGGCAUUUCAGCCCCUAGUGCCACCCUGAGGUGUCCCAGGGGAUGCUGCCCCCCAUGCCUCUCUGCACUAGAGGAGCCGAAAUUUCAAUUUAGAAAUCUUACUUGCCUUACUGCAGCAGUGCCCCGGGAUGGCCCCACCGCCUUGGGGCCUGGGAAAAGGAUAUAAACACUGAAAAGCUAAUAUUAAAGGAGUCACUAAAAUGCUAACAGUAAUGAAGGAUUUAUUGCUUUACAUCUGGGACCUAAGCCAGUGGAAGAACCAGCCCUUUCUUGAUCUAGUAACUGUCAGUAAUUGAGUACAGGGGCACAUAAGGGCUAAAGUGUGGAAGGAGAAAGACAUCAUCUUGGGGCAUCUGGCACUCUUGUCUCUGGUCUUUGGAUACUGGAAUCUCAUGAGGCAUCAGCAAGAGUGAAUAAUGAACUGCAUCUGAGAGGACCAGAAGACCACUGUGCUUAUUGAAGGACAUCAACACUUUUCUUCGGGGUUUGGGGUUUACUAAUGACCUUCUGUAAUCAUCUCAUUGCAUUCUACUGAUCUUCUAGAACUCCAGAACCUUCUCAUGGAGCUUGGAAGCCACGUGUCCUUUUCAAGUUCAAGACUCAACAGAAGGGUGAAGGACCAAUACAUGAAGCUGCCCCAAGAGGGGAAGGUAAUGGUCACCUAUGUUUGGAAGAACGUCCCACAUGAAAACCUACAGUGCAAAACAAGGACCCUGGACUACGAGCCAAAGUCCAUAGAAGAGAUUCCAAAAUGGGGUCUUGCCUUCCACUUACAACACGAGGACCCCUUAAGGGAUAUGUAUCUCAUCCCGGUGAAGAUGUUCAAAGACCCAUUUUUUUGGGAUCCAAAUAAGUUGGUUCUGUGUGAAGCCAUGAAGUCCAAUGGGCAGCCUGCAGAUAACAAUCUUCGACAAUCUUGUAAGAAAGUAAUGGAGAUGGCAAGAGACUAUCACCCGUGGUUUGGGAUGGAGCAGGAAUACUUCCUGAUUGGUGCUAAUGGGCUUCCAUAUGGCUGGCAAGAAGACAGGUGCCCGAUACAAGGCAUCCAUCACUGUGGAGUUGGAGCUGAUAAGGUACAUGGACGGGAGAUUAUGGAGGCUCACUACAAGGCGUGCCUGUAUGCCGGCAUUAAAAUCUGGGGCACCAAUGCAGAAAUCAUUUCCUCACAGUGGGAAUUCCAGGUUGGCCCUUGUGAAGGCACCGACGCAGGAGACCAUUUAGUCAUGGCCAGGUUCAUCCUUCAUCGCGUCUGCGAAGAUUUUGGCGUGGUGGCAUCACUGGACCCAAAGCCUGUGCCUGGAUUCUGGGCCGAUUCUGGGUGCCAUGUCAACUUCAGCACAGAGGACAUGAGGAAAGAAGGAGGCCUCAAACACAUUGAAGAUGCCAUUGAGAAGCUUGCCAAGAGGCACGAUCACCAUAUCAGCAAGUACGACCCCACGGGAGGCGAGGGCAACGCGCAAAGACUGAUCGGGGUUCUUGUGACCUCCAACAUAAACAAGUUCUCCUCCGGCGUUGAUGACCGCACCGCCAGUAUCCGAAUUCCAAUCCAGGUAUGGCAGCAAGGAUAUGGCUACUUAGAAGACCGCCGUCCUUCUGCCGACUGUGACCCUUACGCUGUUAUUGAGGCCGUGGUGAGGACCACCAUUUUGAAGGAGACCACGGUUUAUGAAGAGAACUGAGCUUGGAUCUGGAUUGUCCCCUCCAUUGGGGUCCUACCUGAUCCACCACUUGAACCUCUACCCACUGCCCACUCUAAAGCAUGGAUGAGGCAUCAUCACAAGGAGGUAGAAAGUCCAACCCAUGACCCACACCUUAGGGCAGGAACUGGAAAAAUAUAUCAAUAAAAUGCUAAUAAUGCCAGG